GCGGUGAUCAUGCGGAGCCACCGUGCAUGUGCCCUCCACGCUUCCCGGCUCUAGUCCCUGCGCGUCCCUGCUCCAUCCCGGCUCCGGCGGAGCGACCAGCGGACCAGCGGACCAGCGGCGCCCGGUGCCGUCGAGCAGCGCGUUUCUUUUUGUCCGUGCCCCGGCGGGCUGCUGGCUGCGCGGCUCCAUCCUGUCGUAGGAGAGGACACCGGAGGGCGGAUGGAAACAGCGCCGAUGUGCGGAGCUCUGAGGCGGGAGAUCUAGUUCUGUUCUCGGUCUUUGUGCGAGUUUGCUUCUUGUUUGUUGUGACACCAUGGAGUCGGUGGAGAAGGAGUGCGGAGCGCUGGGGGGACUGUUCCAGGCCAUCGUCAACGACAUGAAGAGCUCUUACCCUGUGUGGGAAGACUUCAGUGCCAAGGCCACAAAGCUGCACUCUCAGCUCAGGACCACUAUUCUGGCAGCGGUGGCCUUUUUAGAUGCCUUUCAGAAGGUGGCGGACAUGGCGACCAACUCUAGAGGUGCCACCAGGGACAUCGGCUCGGCGCUGACCAGGAUGUGCAUGAGGCACCGCAGCAUCGAGACCAAACUACGCCACUUCACCAAUGCUCUUAUGGAAGGCCUGGUCACGCCGCUCCAGGACCGGAUAGAGGAAUGGAAGAAGACGGCCAAUCAGCUGGACAAAGACCACGCCAAAGAAUACAAAAGGUCUCGUCAGGAAAUCAAAAGGAAGUCAUUAGAUACCAUCAAACUCCAGAAAAAAGCACGAAAAGGCCGGGGUAACCUGCGCCCCCAGCUGGACAGUGCCAUGCAGGACGUCAGCGACUUGUACCUGCUGAUGGAGGAGACGGAGAAGCAGGCGGUGCGCAGAGCCCUGCUGGAGGAGAGGGGGCGCUACUGCUCGUUCAUCAGCCUGCUCCAGCCUGUCGUGAACGUAGAGAUCGCCAUGCUGGGAGAGAUAACACACCUCCAGGCGAUUGUUGACGACCUCACCUCGCUGACCGAAGACCCUCACAAGCUGCCGCCGGCCAGUGAGCAGGUGAUCCGGGACCUGAAGGGCUCCGACUACAGCUGGUCCUACCAGACGCCUCCUUCCUCCCCCAGCAGCACCGGCUCCAGGAAGAGCAGCAUGUGCAGUCUCCUCCAGAUGCCCUCGGCAGGCGCCCACCGGCUCAGCAGCGUCUCCUCCCACGACUCGGGCUUCGUCUCCCAGGACGCCAACACCCAUUCCAAGCCUCCGUCGCCCAUGCCCUCUGACAUCACCAGCCAGAAAUCAACAAGCUCAGCCUCCUCUGAGGCCUCAGAAACCUGCCAAUCUGUCAGCGAGUGCAGCUCUCCUACAGCGUUUGGCUCAUGCUCAUCCUUCGGUACCUUCCGCCCUGCUUUCUCUCACACUGGCACCAUCAGGCCUCUGUCUGUCAUACUUCCUGCGUCCCCCACAUUUAACCACUCCCCUGGAUCCAACACUCCCUCACCCACAUCAAAGGUUCCUAGCUGGAAGGAUUGGGCCAAAUCAAGCUCCUAUGAGCCUUCGUUGGCGAGCACUCUGCACCGUAGGAGGGGGUCUGUGGAUAAGAUGAGAGAACUGGAGGCUCCGCCCAGUCCGCAGGGAUACUCUGGGAUGCAACCAGAUGAUCCGCACAGGCCGAGAAGUGGCCCAGGAACCAUUACAGCCAAGCAUGGCGAGCCCCUCUCUCCAGCAGCCAGUACUCUAGCCAUGGUUCUGACCCGAGGCUUGAGCAUGGAGCAGCAGAAGAGCAGCAGAGACUCUCUGCAGUACUCCAGCGGCUACAGCUCCCAGACCAACACCCUGUCCUGCUCCGAGGACACCAUCCCGUCUCAAGGUUCUGACUACGAGUGCUACUCUCUCAACGGGGAUGCAGACGGUGAAGGGCAGGCAGACUUUGACAAGUCCUCCACCAUUCCACGCCACAGUAACAUCGCUCAGAGCUACCGCCGCAUGAUCCAGACCAAGAGGCCUGCUAGCACAGCAGGUCUGCCUGCAGGUAAAAGCCUGCAGGGGACUCCAAACGGCGCCGCGGGAAGCAGCUCUGGAGCUAUCGCCUCAGGGACCGCCACUAUUCGCCGGACGCCAUCCUCCAAAACUAGCGUGAGGCGCACGCCAUCGACAUCUGGCCCCAUUCCCAUCCGGCCCCCCAUCGUGCCUGUUAAGACUCCCACCGUGCCAGACUCUCCGGGGUACGCCAGCCCGUCCCAGCAUCACCGCGCGGGCAGCGAGGAGUUUCUGUACGGCGAUGACCCGUCUGCCAGCGACUACAUGAGGGCGUCUCCAAAGCGAAUGAGUCUUCCUGACACAACCUGGGGCUGCGGCAGAGGAGGGGCGGACCGGACUGCUUACGCCCAGCAGGCCCCCGGCAUGGCCGCCCACGGGUCUGAGGAGGAUCCUCUGCUCGCUGCCAACCGCCACAGCCUGGUGGAGAAGAUAGGGGAGCUGGCAGCCAGCGCCCACGCCCUGGGUGAGGGUCAGUUCCCCUUCCCCAGCUCGCUGCCAGGGGAUCCGGCUCAGUUUGCCGCCCAGGAGCCGUCCUCUGCGGCGCCGGACGACGUGGACAUGCUGGUUUCUAUACGCCGGGGGGUGAAGCUCCGCAAGACUGUCACCGAUGACCGGUCGGCGCCCAGGUUCAUCCGGUAGUCGAGGGAGAAGAGCGGCGGUGAAGAAGCGGCUUGUGGUGCCCUGAUUUACAAACUGAAGCUGUUGUGAUGAAGCGAGGCGUCAGAGGAGAACGAAGGCCAGUGGACAGCGUGAUGAGACACACGGACCAUGUCAGGUCGUUUCAUGUCAUGUAUGUAUUGCGUACGUACAAAGUAAUCCAUAUUUUUUUGGUUUUUACUCUUCUUUGGUUUUGUUUGUGGGCUUGGUGGCUGUGCGCCUCUGCUCCCUGUGUGACCAGUCGUUUGAGCCCAGUUUGUCCCAGUGUAGACCCAGUGAUCGGAUGCUCUGUCUCUUUGUUCUUGCUCUUAUUAUUAUUAUUAUUAUUAUAAUAUUGUGCUUUUUUUUUUUGAUGAACUGGCCGCCUGUCUGUGGACGUGAUGGGCGCCUGAGAGCCGUCUGUAUGUGGUGUUUCCUCACCGUUACUGUACACGUACCGUAUUACUGUUUCCACUCAUAAGCUGACCAGCAGCUGUGUAAGUCAUGUACAAAUAGAAGCAAUAUGGCAGUGUUUUUAUUGCUGUACUGUACUGUCAAUAUAUUCUGCAAUUAAACAGCUUUUUACUGUU